AUGGGUAGUCAUCAGUCAUCUUUUAUUAAACCAACACUAGCUAAUAUUUCAAUCAAUGCUUACAAUCGAGAUCGUCGGCAUCGAUCAUCUUCAAAAUCAAUAACAACAUGUUGUUCACCAUCAAAAAUUCGACGACAAUCAAAUAAUAAUUUAUUAAACGAUGAUCAUAAAAAAUUUACAAUACCUAAAGAAUUUCCUGUUGAUCAAUUAUAUGAUAUUUAUAUGCAAAAACAUGCACUCGAUGAUUUAGCAUUUUCUAUUGAAUUUCAAAGUAUUCCUAAUUUUGAGGAAUUACCAUGUACAUCAGCAACUCGUGCAAUUGUUGCUUCGAAAAAUCGUUUUCUUAAUAUUUUACCUAUCGAUACUACUCGUGUUAUUCUUAGUGUACUUAAUGAUGAUCCAGCUACGGAUUAUAUUAAUGGAAAUUAUAUUUCGGUUUGUUAA